UAUAGAAAAUAUAAUCUAAUCAGAGCCAAGAAUAGUGGCGGAGGAAACUUUCAUGUUCCGAUUAAAAAAAAACAAAAGGCCUUUUGCCUCAAAGACCGAACCAGUUCUUGAAUUGUCGGCCCAAAUUAGGCUCCUUCCUGUUGGUCGAAAAAGAAAAAAAGUAGUCUCUCUCUCAAUUUCUGAGUCUCCGUGUAUCUGCCCGACGAGACCAUGAAAUUCUCUCUGCAAUCAAAAUCCUCUUCUAAACCACCUAAACCCAUCAAACCCUCACAAAACAACUUCGACGACUCCAAAGACAACAGCAACGAUCGCGAAGACUCCAAGCGAUUGCAAUACAUCACCCAAUUCGACGCUUCCGAAACCCUAACCCGCAAAAAGGAAUCCAAGAAUCACGUAAUCGCCCCCAUCCCCAACGAAUGGAGGCCCCCCAAGCGGAUGAAGAACCUCGAACUUCCAAUCACCUCUCAAUCCGACGGCUCCGGCGCCCUCUCCUUCGAGCUCGAUUCCGGGACCUACUCCGUCGACGCCCACGAUUCCAAAAUCUCUUACGGCCUCAAUCUCCGCCAAAAAUCCGAUUCCAACGACGACGAUAACGAUCGUUCACGGUCUGAUCCUGUUCCGGUUGAAACCAUGUUGCUCGAGAAGCUGAAGAACGACCUCGAGAGGCUCCCAGAGCAUCGGGGCAUGGAGGAGUUCGACGAUGUUCCCGUGGAGGGCUUCGGCGCCGCCUUGCUCGCGGGGUACGGGUGGUACGAAGGGAGAGGGAUUGGGAAGAACCCCAAAGGGGAUGUGAAAGUGGUUCAGUACGAGAAGAGGACGGACAAGCAGGGCCUGGGGUUUCUGAGCUCCGCUGAGAAAGAGAAAGGAGAAUCUAAAGGGAAAAAUGGUGAUAGAGAACGGAGGUCUUCCAACGUUGGCAAAGACGGUCGGAGUUCGAAAGAAGAGGAUCGCGAACGUUUCAGGAAAUCUAAAGAAGAAGAACCAAGGUUUAGAGAACAAAGUAAAGAUUCAAAAAGGAAGAAGAAUCAAUCAGUAUCGUGGCUAAAGAGCCACAUUCGGGUCAGGAUAAUCAGCAAGGAACUCAAAGGAGGAAGAUUGUAUUUGAAGAAGGGGGAAGUUGUGGAUGUGGUUGGACCCACCACGUGUGAUAUCUCCAUGGAUGAGAGUAGGGAGCUAAUUCAAGGGAUCUCACAAGACCUUCUCGAGACUGCUCUGCCCCGCCGUGGGGGACCCGUGCUUGUUCUGUUUGGUAAGCAUGAGGGUGCGUACGGGAAUCUUGUCAAGAAGGAUUCGGAAGAAGAAACUGGUUUGGUUCAGGAUGCCAAUAACCACGAGUUGCUCCAUGUGCGGCUCGAACAAAUUGCCGAGUUCAUCGGGGAUCCCAGCUGUCUUGGAUAUUGAUGGUCGUUGAUUCUCUUGCUGACGCUCCAUUGUAUCCGCAGGUAUUUCCAACUAUCUCAAUUGCUUGGCCUUUGUUAUCUAUUGGCUAUCUGUACUCCGAAUGCUAUUUGGAAUCUGGGUGUAUCCAUGUUUUGUUCAUUGACUUCCUAUUUUUUCUGGCCUGAUGUGUUCGUCUGGAUAUGCCAAGUAAAUUUUUAGCUUAUUUAUAGAACUGUUAUCACCUCAUUACUCUAUAAUUUUGAAAUUCUAAAGAGAUGUUUGAUAUGGUUAUAUAGAAAGCUAAACUUGACUCUGAAA